GCGGGCGGGGGCUGGGCCGGAGGAAGCCUGAGCGCCCGCGGCGACGACGGCAGCGGCGGCCCAGCAGGCUAGAAGCGUGGGUCCACGGCGGCUCCGGGUGCGGCCGCGGGCUGCGGAGCGAGCGGGCGGCCCGGCUCCCCGCGUCCCCCGCCCGCCGCGACUGUCUGGAAGAUGGCGCCGGGCGGAUGGAAAUCCUAAUGACAGUCUCCAAAUUCGCCUCCAUCUGUACCAUGGGCGCCAAUGCCUCGGCAUUAGAGAAAGAGAUUGGUCCAGAACAAUUUCCGGUCAACGAGCACUAUUUUGGAUUAGUCAAUUUUGGGAAUACCUGCUACUGCAACUCAGUUCUUCAAGCACUUUAUUUCUGUCGUCCAUUUCGGGAAAAAGUUCUAGCAUACAAGAGCCAGCCCAGAAAAAAGGAGAACCUUCUCACGUGCCUGGCCGACCUCUUCCACAGCAUAGCCACCCAGAAGAAGAAGGUGGGCGUGAUCCCGCCCAAGAAGUUCAUCACACGAUUGCGAAAAGAAAAUGAGCUGUUUGACAACUACAUGCAACAAGAUGCCCAUGAGUUCUUAAAUUAUCUACUCAACACAAUUGCUGAUAUUCUACAAGAAGAAAGGAAACAGGAAAAGCAGAAUGGCCGCGUACGGAACAGCGACGUGGACGCUGAGGAGAACAACAGCACACCAGACCCGACGUGGGUCCACGAGAUUUUUCAGGGAACAUUAACUAAUGAAACCAGGUGUCUUACUUGUGAAACUAUAAGCAGCAAAGAUGAAGAUUUUUUAGACCUUUCUGUUGACGUGGAACAAAACACAUCAAUUACUCACUGCUUAAGAGGUUUUAGUAACACAGAAACUCUGUGCAGUGAGUAUAAGUACUACUGUGAAGAGUGCCGAAGCAAACAGGAAGCACACAAACGGAUGAAAGUUAAAAAACUACCCAUGAUUCUGGCUCUCCACCUGAAAAGAUUUAAGUAUAUGGACCAGCUUCACCGAUACACAAAGCUUUCUUACCGGGUAGUUUUUCCCUUAGAACUUCGUCUGUUUAACACUUCAGGAGAUGCAACCAACCCCGACAGGAUGUACGACCUUGUCGCUGUCGUGGUUCACUGCGGAAGUGGUCCCAAUCGAGGCCAUUAUAUUGCAAUAGUUAAGAGUCACGAUUUUUGGUUGUUGUUUGAUGACGACAUUGUAGAGAAAAUAGAUGCACAAGCUAUUGAAGAGUUCUACGGGUUGACGUCUGAUAUCUCCAAGAACUCGGAGUCUGGGUACAUCCUUUUCUAUCAGUCUCGGGACUGAGGGGAGCCACGGUGGAGCAAGCGUCUGUAUGCUUCUCUGGUUGUUUCAGGAAGGAUCAAGCUGAUGGUCAAGAAGAGAGAGAGAUGCAGGACGCUCAGGGCAGUAGCACACUUUGCAUACAAUAAAGCAAAGACUGUGGAUUAACACGCCCUUCCGAUCACAGUAGUUGAAUUUUUUUUGCUCAGGAAUCAUGCUGUCUGUGCAGUUCCACACAAGGAAGUGAAAUCAGAGAUACCAGCUCCUCUUGUAAAGCAACUGCCCGCUGCCGACACACAUUUUCUCUGUUAACCACACCAAUGAUGAUUUGAGUUCCUCGGGAGGGCAGUGGAAGAAUUAGAAUAUGUUAGGUUGAUGGAGCACGCCGCAGUCUGCGCGCACGGGAUGCUCACAUUGGAUGGGAGCAGUCGAGUGGUCUUUUCAGACAAACCGGAAAGCACCUUUGGGCCCAACACUCGCAGUUGCCUUCCUGACGCACAGAACUAGCAGACUCGGAGCCCAGUGUCAGGAAGUCAAAGAUCCUCUGCUUCUCUGGAGAAGCGUGUGAUAAUGUACAGUGUGUGUACACAGAGGGAACAGUUGGUCAGAAGUGGCUUCUUGGUUCCCCAAGGGGAAAGACUGGCUUUGUAAUGAUCAUUUUCCUUAUUUAUUUUAUUAAACUGGUGGAGUCCGAGCAUUACAUGAAGUGCCGGUGAUUCUGUCAGCAAAUCUUAGCAUAUUUUAUUAGUUUGUCGGCAGAAGUAGUCUGUUGUUUGUUUCUGUUUUUAAGGUGAACUGAAAAUUCUAGCUGAAAUCACUAAGAUAAUCAUGAGAUGAUUGCAGUGAGUGGGCAGAUGCUGUCAGGAGGAGCUGUCCCUGGCUGAAUAUUUGCUCUUUGUCAUAGUUUGUCACUUGCUUUUUUAAGCUUUAAUUUCAGUAAAGUAGAAAUUCCCUGUUGGUAGAAUGAUAAAGGAAAUCUGUGUGAUGCUGGCCUGCUGUCGGCCAGAACCCCCAAACUCCUCACUGCUGUGUUGUUUUGAGUCUCUCGCCUUGGGAUGGACUGCUCGAUUCAUCAGAAUCCCAGCAGCAGGGAGCAGCUAGAGCCCUCUGGAAGAUGACACUUUGGGGAGGUAGACCAGUAAUCUAGAAAAGAAGCCCCUCCCCUUUCUGGCCUGCGCAUCCCAUUAGAACGGUGUUCAGAAGCUUGUGACAGGAGUCUUCUGUAUGUCUGAGCAUCAAGUAGCUUGGCAGUGGCUGAAUGUAACUUGUAGAAAGCAACUGUAGAUUAUAGUCCAAGUCACAGCAGCCAGGCUCUGGGUAAUCCAUCUCACUGCAUUCUUCAUGUGGUGGUGGUGGCGGCCUACUGAUAAGCCCCUAAUUUUCUAAAGUUAUUUUACUAAAACUGUUGACUGAGAAGCAAACAGCAAAAAGAAAUGUUUUUGUGCUGCUAUUAUUAACAUUUACUUUCUGUACUUUUUAGCUCAGGAAAUGACUUCAUCUAUUCGUCCCAUAAGCAGAUUUGUAACAGGGUCACUUAGCUAAUCGGGCUUCGUAGACAGAUGUGCUGGGAGAAGAAGAUGACCUUUUGACAGACUCAUUUUAUAGUUUCUGAAGCCUUACCCUGGCUGGGGUUUGUGAUCUGCAAACAUUGCCCAGAGAACACAAGUGGGAGCGUGGGGGAGUCAGGGCCAUUGAGAGCACGUGCUAGUGAGGGCUUAAACCAAAUUGUGUUGGAAUUCAGAACUGCGUCUUUUGCAGCUUUGUGUUCAAAGAGAAGGCAUAAAGUAUGGCUGAGUCCUCGAGGCUGCCUCGUGCAGCACUGAAGGACAGUCUUGUUUGCUUGUACACAGUUUUUUUAAUUUAAGACAUAUGCAGGAAAAGGCCUAGUUAAGUUCUGGAUGGUGGCAAGUUGUAGCAAGGUUGCUGAGCUCCCGGCAGUCAGCCAUGCCCUGCUCAGGUCUGCGCUGGGCAGUCUGCAGGGGAAGGACCACUUACUGGCUGUUGGCUCUAACUCUACUUUUUAUUCUUAGUGCAGAAGGAUCUAAGUAAAACAUUUUGAAUUUUAUCAGAAACGCAGUAAACUUUAAAAACAUACAGGGUUUGGGUUGGGGACUGGGAAUAUCAGGUAUAGGAAGUGGAAAAGGUGAACCCACUCAGCACACGUUUCAAGGUGAUCGUUCUUUGCCUGUGAUGAUGAUGAGGGCAGAUGCAGGUGUGAACAAGGCUAGUUGCUGUGUAAUUAUGUAUAUGUUUGCUGGGGCAGCUGUCCCAAAUUUUGUAUAUUAGAACAAAAGUUUCUAUGAAUUACUGUAACUAAAAGUAAAUAUUCUAAGUUAAGCCCCACUUCUGAGUCAUGUGGCUUCUGUCAUAGGAAUUUUACCUUUAGAAGGUCACUUAAGACAGGAGCCACAUGGCUUAGGAAGGGGGCAAGGAAAUGUGCUAUAGUGGCCUUAUGGCCUCAGCCAUCAGUGGAGGGUUUUUCUUUGCUUGAUGGCCAUAGGAAGACCUCACUUUCAAAUCCUCCUGAUACUUUGUGUAAAGAUUCUUUUCCUUAAAGAUUCUCUUCGUGAGGGAUGUGGCUGGGAGCUGGGAGGCAAGGUGCUGGAGUCCUAACUCUCCAGUGAACUCAACUGUGUGACCUUGGGCAAGUCACUUACCCUCUCUGUGCUUCAGUUCCCUCCUGUAAAUGGGAGUAAUACCUACCUCACAGGGUUGUUGUGGGGAUGAAUUCGAGAUCCUGUCUGUAACGCAUUUAAGGUUCUUGAAGAAGGCGCUAUAUAAAUACAAAGUCAUAUCUAUUAAAGUUGGCUUAUUUGUG